AUGGAUAUGGAUAUGAAUGCGACAAUAUUUUUAACCUUUCUCAUAAUUUUGCCAACGUUGCCACGAAGUCAGUCUGAAAUCUAUCCUCUCUGUAGACGUGUUCAAGAUGAGACUCUUGAAAAUUCGCAGCAGUGGGGCUAUAGAGUUGACUGGUGAGUACACUAACAACGCCGACAUCCCUCGGUACGCAAUCCUCUCCCAUACGUGGGGCACCGACGAUCAAGAAGUCAAUUUUCAAGAUAUUACCAGCGGCGGGGGAACAUACAAGGAUGGAUACCAGAAACUCGAAUUCUGUGCCCGGAGAGCGACCGCAGACGGAAUUCGUUACUUCUGGGUUGAUACUUGCUGCAUCGACAAGACCAACAGCGUGAUCUAUAACGAAGCGAUUAAUUCCAUGUGUCGCUGGUAUAAGGGUGCGCACGAGUGCUAUGUCUAUCUAGCGGAUGUACGAGGGAAUUCUCGGCACUGGAAGUCUGCCUUUCGGCGCAGUAGAUGGUUUACUAGAGGUUGGACGCUGCAAGAGCUCAUCGCACCCAAGUCUGUCACAUUUUAUGGAUAUGACGAGGUCCGUCUAGGGAGCAAGACCGGGUCCCUAGAAAAGCUAAUUCACGACAUUACGGGUAUCAAUAAAGCUGCUCUCCGAGGGGCACCGAUGGAUGAUUUUAGUGUGCAAGAACGAUUCUCCUGGUUCGGUAAUCGCCAGACUAAGAAGGAGGAAGAUGCGAUUUAUUCACAAUUGGGCAUAUUCGGAGUUUCCAUGUCUAUGAUCUACGGCGAGGGUGAGGACGGUGCUCGACAAAGGCUUCUGGACAAAAUUGAGAGGCGGGAAGCCCUAAGAAAAAAACAAAUUGAAGGGACGAAGGGAGGUUCCAAGGCGCAGAGUCGGAGUCUGCCUAAUGCACCGGCUCAGGCAUCAAACCCCGCCCUCUCCAAUACUCGCAGCUCGCGGAGUGAUAAUUGCCCGGGACAACUAAAAUGGAUACCCCUGGAGAAGAUGAAUUGGAUCGUCAGUUUGCGUUGCGAAGUGUGCAAUUGGUAUCAAUCACAAAAAAUGGCUGGUCUGAAAUAUGUCACAUCAGACGGGCGGACGUUAGAUGAGCGCUUCGUUCUAGACCGUUUUCACUACCACCAAGGGCCCCCUCUGCGCGAAGCAUCGAUCUACCGUUGUUUUGUCUGUGACAAAAUACUGUCCGCCAAGAAUGGUUUCUUCGACAAUGAGACUGCCCAAGGGAAUGUCUGCAAGCAUGUACGAGAACACAGCUACAGCGAGCUGGUUGGCACAUCCAAAUAUUCACCACGACCAUCUCCCAAGAAUUACAACACGAACCCGAGUAUUUCAGAUAUAUUACAUGGCUUAUUUUAAAUCUGAUUUUUAAGUACUUGGUGUAGUAAAUAGGGGUUAAUGCUACCUGAGACCUUGAUUGGCCAGGAGGCUAAACAGCGUGUUCUAUCUACCUUGGUAUUUUACAAUGAAAAAUAUAUUAUCUCAAGCCGAGAUAGGGGAAGAGGAUGAAAAGUGCGCGAGGCUGAUACUGUUACUUUCCAAGCAAGUAAUGUUGGGUGCGUACCCGGGUAGUUACAGGAGGUUACAAGAGGUGUGUGGCUACUGUGGAAAGGGCACCUGCCGUCAUACAACUUGAAUCAUGCCUAUAGAAAAGUACCUAUGUACAUCUAAUUAUUUAUAAAAUUCAUAUCACAAAUCAA